AGUACUAAACCGAACAAAACAGUCCGCGGAGCACUUUCCCAAGUAGUACACGCGCGUAUAGCCAGCCCGCACUUACAACACUCGGAAACGUUCCGAAAUUACGUGAACUCAUUUAAUGCCAUUCCCAUUCGAAAUGUGCACUUAAAAUACCAAAUGUAUGAAAUAUAAAAUACUUAUUUUGAAUAUCAGUAGCAGGUUUGUAUUGCCCGUGUUUGUUUAUGUGGGUGUCCUGUUAUUUAAGUCGUUUUCAGAUGUGUUUUAUUAUUUGAUGACAUUAAAAGACAAAAGUGCAAGGGUGCCGUUUAAAAUCUGAUGUUAAUAUCCUAGAUCAGUUCAACUUAAGAAAAUUGAAUAUUCUGAACAAGAAAGGCCCGGUGAUAUGCUCAGGCUUCAUUUGACAGACAGACAUCUCCGAGUGAUGUUGUGGUGUAUCCUACUUGGUCUGCAGCCAGCCUUUGCCGGUAUACUUGAUCCUUUCAAUUGGGCCCGAUCAGAUCGUAUCGAAGUCAACAUACCCUGGCUGCCAUUUGAAAAUGAAACACGAUGCUAUGAUGAACUUGGAUGCCUAAAUAUAACUAGAAGCUGGUACCACCUCAUUCAUCGACCUUUCAACGUGUUUCCCUUGCCUAGAGUUGUUAUCAAUACAAGAUUUAUACUGUACACAAAGAAAAAUCCCACUGAUGGACAGAUAUUAAACGUGAAUGUCAACAAAACUAUUGUAAAAUCAAAUUACAGCCCUUCAAGACUAACGAAAAUGAUUAUACAUGGUUUCAUUGAUACACCAUUAUCGAAUUGGGUGAGUGAAAUGAAAGACGAGCUCGUUAAAGCUGAUGACUAUAACGUAGUGGUGGUGGAUUGGGCUGGCGGUAGUCUACCUUUGUAUACGCAGGCCACGGCCAACACCAGACUAGUAGGGCUCGAAGUAGCUCAUUUCAUCAACACAUUACAGAGAGAACAUGGGUUGAAUCCUUUGGAUGUCCACAUAAUUGGGCAUUCUCUAGGCGCACACACUGCUGGGUACGCUGGAGAGAGAAUACAAGGUUUAGGAAGAAUAACAGGAUUAGACCCGGCUGAACCCUACUUUCAAGGAAUGCCAACACAUGUCAGAUUGGACCCGUCUGAUGCACAGCUCGUGGAUGUCAUCCAUACUGAUGGAAAGAGCAUAUUCCUUUUAGAUUUUGUGUUUAUGGCAGGAUAUGGGAUGUCACAACCCGUGGGUCAUUUGGACUUUUAUCCCAACAAUGGAAAGGAACAACCUGGUUGUGACCUCACUGAAGGGCCGUUAGUACCUUUAACCCUCGUCAAGCAAGGUCUCGAGGAGGCCUCAAGGGUACUGGUAGCCUGUAAUCAUGUUAGGGCUAUUAAACUCUUUACGGAAUCUAUUAACGGAAAAUGCCCGUACAUAGGUCAUCAAUGUCCAUCUUAUCAACAUUUCUUGUCAGGAAAAUGUUUCCACUGCGGACAUGGUUGUGCUAUAAUGGGAUUCCAUGCCGACAGUUCCCCGGGUCUAAUUACAAAUAAAAAUAACCAAUCAGAGAACGAAGUUUACCCCUCUGAAGAGCAUGAUACCAUUGGAGCUAAAUAUUAUCUAAGCACAGGAAAAGAGUUGCCGUUUUGUCAACGUCAUUAUAAAGUGGCUAUUCAACUGGCAAACCCCAAAGGCGCAGAAUCUUGGGUUCAAGGCUUUUUGAAAGUGACUCUAUUAUCAGAUCGUGGUGUAAUACGAGGAAUGGAUCUCACUCCAAGUAAUUAUGUAAAGUUAGAACACGGCACGACGUAUACAAUUGUUGUAACACAUCCGAUGGAUUUAGGUGGAAAAGUUAGGAAGGUAGAGCUAUCGUGGGAGUACGAUAUGAAUGUACUGGAGCCGCGAUCUCUGUGCAUCCUCUGGUGUAACGAUCGACUAUACGUAAAAUCUGUGCUCGUUGACCAAAUGGAACUACCUAGCAGAGGGAAAAGAAACGUUGACUUUAGUAGUAAAUUAUGUACACCAAAACGAGAAUUUGCUGAAAUCCCGAACCGUGGCUCCGCCAGCUUUUACGACAACUGUGGAAGGUAGCCGUGCCAUAGAUACGCGUAAAGUGAUCUUGUUGUUUUUUCAUCACAGUCUACACCUGCAUGUAGACUUUAAGCUUUAAGCAACCAGACAAUGAACACUCAGUGACGCAAGUCUGGUCGCAUACCCUUAGAGUGAUUGUGACUGUCUCAGUGAUGUUGUUACAGGGUGAAGAAAAGUGUUUUUCUGUAAAUUAUGAAAUAAUUGUUGAGUUUUGUAAGUAGACUAAGUCAGACAUCAAAAUAUACAAUGUUUUAUAUUUUAUUAUACGAUUUUGAACUAUGAAUAAAAUACUCAUUGAAAUUUUAC